AAAAUAGAUUACUCUAUUUAUAGAGUAAAUUUCAUUAUGAAGUGAGAUAUAGAGUUGGGUUAAAGCAUUCUUUACUCCAUAUUUACUUUUACUCUAUUUUAUAGGAAAAAAAGGAGUAGGAAUAGAGAUGUCUUUAUAAAAUGAUUUUUGUUUAGAAUUAUAACAUCAGUAUUCGACAUCGGACAACUAAAUUUCAUUAAUACACAAAUAGAAAAUUAUGUAUGUACGUAAAUUAAGAUCAUAUUUAUGAUUAUUUUAAAUGACAAAAUUAUACUUAAUGCUAGUAUUUAAGAUUAGUUAGGUUUUCAGUGGCAUUCUUUUGUAAAUAAAUGAUAAAUUUUAUGUUGAAAAAGUCUCUCGUCGAAAAUAGGUUGAAACUUGAAACAUAAUGUCCAACUACUCAUUUGUUUUUCAAACAAAACAAAACAGUUUAGCUUAUGUUAAAAAUGACUGAAGAAUUUAGAUUAUCUUCUAUAUUUACUACCUUUUGUUUCAAUAUCAUAGCAUUUAUUUAUUAUUGUUUUUGGUGGAACCUAAAUCUCUCGUUGACUAUGUGAAAAUUCCAAUGAAAGGUUCUCCUACUGAACGACCUACGGGUUAUGCUUACGAGUAUUUGAUAUAUUUUAGACUUAUAUCCGUUUUCUAAUUAGGAAUUUUCACUAUUUAUUCUUGAAUGUUGAACUCAUGGUGUAUAUAAAAAUAUAUAUAAAGUUCUUGCUUGGAUCAAAAUUUGAAGUGAUUCCUUGAAAUGCCUCGCAUAUUAUCUCUUAACACUUAAAGUUGAAGUUUCAAAAAAAAAUUUUGAAGUGAUUUAAGAUCGACACUCAUAUUCAAAAGUAAGUACUAUAAACAUGCAUGCAUCAUUUUCUUUACCGGUUUAACCGAUUUCUAAUAAUCGGAACUAGGAUCCAAAUCGAAUCAGUUGAAUCUAGAAAAACAUGCACAAGAAGACAGUCCACCAUUAACCAGUGGAUGAACCCCCACCCAAAUUAAGUUCCUUUUGCAACAAAAAAAAAAUAUUUCCGUUUAGACAACGUCGGCAUAAUUGUACUUGAGAUGCAAUUCCGACAUCAAGCUCUGAAGUGAACUAACUUCAAGGGAGACCUACGUUCAUCUUUUGUGUGUCCUAAACAGUUUACCUUUUUUCGUUUGUAAAUACCAAGACACAUUUUUCAGAGUAUUCUAAAAGAUUUUAUUUAUAAAAAAAGGAAACGGAAAAAGGUGGAAGGCCAGGGAUUAACUGCAAUCUAUAGUUGGAAAAGAAAAACGAUAAGAAAAAACAGAAAUUUAAUUAAAAAAGAAAAAAAUUAAUCAAUUAUUAAAAAGAAUAAAAGAAAAGGAAAAAAAAUAUACUACAAUGAAAGAGGCAUGCACAUGGGUGUCUGCGAAUAAAAGGAAAAAGAAAUUUGUUUGAAAGUGUCACAGGCACACUCCCUCGAAUCACAUUUAACAAAACUCCAAAAACUCUUCUGCUUUGUACUCUUCAGUACAUUACUCAUUUCAAAGUCCGUGAGUUACGCUCAUCGAUGACACCUCUCAAGAGAAAGAGAAGAUAGGUGUGCAUUUUCUUCUGCCAUUCACAUUUUUAGCCUUCGAUGAUACAUAUAUUCUAUUUAUUAUUUUUAUCAAAUAUUUCUAUUUAUUCAGAACUACAUAAUCUAACGCAAAAUUUUACUUUUGAUAGGAGAAUAUUUUGUCUUUCAUAUUAUUCUCUUUAAGAAUCAGCCCAGAAUAUUGGCUAAUGUAAAAUGUGUAUACACUUGGGUAGUUAGUAAUAUGCAGUGCCGGCCCUUGCAAGAAGCCAAGGAAGCACACGCUUGCGGCCGUAUAAUUUAUAGAGUAUUUUCGGCCACAUUUUGCAAGUAUGCUCUUUAAUCUAGUGGGAGUUUAUGUGACUAAUCUCCUUUUUGUUGUUGGGUUCGAACCCUAGUAGUUCCAAUUCAUUUUCUCCUGAUUUUUCUUUUAAAAAGUGGUCAUAUUUUUUCGUCUUGCUUCCAGCCCUUACAGUUCUAGGACCGGCUCUGGUAAUAUGUACAUUGUAUUCGUAUACAUAAGGUGGUUUAUCUAGCAACUGUAGCAGUUUCUAAUUAAUUGUUUAACAAGUAUAUAGUUAACAGUCUGCAACCGUUUAAGUUACUUCUAUCUUCUUAGCUUAUUUCUAUCAAAACAAAAAAGUUAGUAUAUCAAAUUUUGAUAAAGAGUAAAAUAUCAUCAUAAGUGCCAACAAUAUAAUCGGUUAUAUUGACAUUUUGCAAGUUGUAUCAUGUAGCACAUGAUAACAUGUUUUCAUAUCAUACAUAUCACAUUAAUAUUCUUUUGAGGGAUAUAUUACAUUACAUUAGUACAUGUGAAAUAUUUUUAUGUAAUAUGGAUUAUGAAUACUUUUAUGGUUCUUUUAGUGAAUAUGUUUUCUAACUUUAUACGUAUGUUUAUUCCCAAGAACAACCUUCUCAGACUCUUUUGCCUUCCCCAGAGCAAAUUUGAUAUUAUAUGCCUGCAGCCUGUCUAUCAUCCUCCUUAAAUAUUACAUAUAGAUAUAUCAAAUAUUUCAAAAUAAUAAAAUUAACAGGGGUGGUAGUCACUUAGAGCAUCUCCAACCCAACCUCAAAUUCCCAAUUUUUAAAGUUUUUGUCAUCUCAACCCAACCUCAAAUCUUCAAAUUUUGAGAUUUUGAAUAGUGACACCUCAAAUUUGAGGUUUCACUGUUCAAAACCUCAAAACUACUAUUCAUUUUCUUUUUAGUUUUUACAACUAUUUUCUUUCACAAUUAGAUCCACUAACUUUAUUUAGAAUAUUUUAAAUACACCAAAAUAAAAUAAAAUAGAAUAAAUAUUACAUAACAUUAAAAUAAAAUUCACACAAAUAGAAAAAUACAUAAAUUAAAUCUCACACAAAAUAAAAUUCACACAAAUAGAAAAGUAUAUUAAAUAAAGCUCAGACAAAAUAAAAAUGUAUUAAACAAAUUUAACAUAAAUUAUAAUUUUCUAAAAUUUGUGUGUAUGUGUGUUGUUUUACUAUAUAUGUAAUUUGUAUUAUUUUUAUUAUAUAUUGUAAUAUUGUACAUUGUAUAAUAUUUAAAAGUAUGUUUUAUUACGUAUUUGUAAAGUUUUAUUCUUAUUUAGUAACUUUUGUUAAUGUCAAGGACUAUAAUGUAAAAAAAAAAAAUUAAGAUUUUUUUGAAGAUUCAUGGUUAGAAUAACCACCCCUCAAAUUCUCAUUUUGCGGUUUUGCUCCAUUUAAAAUGAGGUCUUGGGUUGGAGAUACUCUUAGCUAUUGGAAGAUGUACUAAGCUCAAAUUAGAGUUACAUUGGACAUUGCAAGUCUGCAACUAACAUUACACAUUGUAUAUCUCCGAAUCAAAAUUAUGGUCCAAAGAAACCAAACUUCUUAUUAAAUUAUCAAGUUGUCAUAAUUUAUACUAUUUUUUUAGUUAUUGGUAUGUUAAUAUAAUUACAAAGGUGAUGCAGAAUUUUAAUGUUUAUUACUAAUGAUCAACAGGGAUAAACUAUAAUAAAUUUGGCCAUUAUUAUAUAUAGUGAAACGAUUCAGGUUAGCUAGUAUAUAGAUAUAUUCCCUCUCUAGAUGAAAGUAACUGAUUUAGAAGGUUGGAGUAGGGUGGAUAUCACGUAUAGGCAUAGCUUAGAGUAUUGAGAAAAAAUAUGUCUCUUUUGUUUCCGAUUAAUUAAUUCAGGUAGUCAUACAUACGUGUUUGAAGUGAAUAUUUAAGCGAAGAAAAGGGAGAUAGGAAAUAUAUAUAAGGAUAUAUAGUAUAUAUGGUGUAUCCUGGUAAGGACCAGGAGAUCAGAAGGGGCCACAAUGUCACAAAGAGGACCAACAAUGAAAUUAAAUCCUCAGCUGGCUUUGCCAUUUUGGCUCCCACCUUCUCCUUCUAAACAUAUGCACAUGUCUUCAUAUCCUUCUCUCUCUACACACACAAGAGUAUGUACAGCCACAUACAUAUACAAAAUCUUUAUUUAUAAAUAUAUGCACCUCAACUCCUCAAUAACCACCCAUCUCCUUCCCAACUCUCUCUAUCCUUCAAACACAACCAAAAGCUUUUCUCUCUCAAUAACCCAAAGACAAAUGGCCAUAAUGAAGAAAUCUUCAAAACUAACUCAGACAGCAAUGCUAAAGCAGAUUCUAAAGAGAUGCUCGAGCUUAGGAAAGACGAAUGGAGGAGGAUACGAUGAAGAUUUCCUCCCACUAGACGUACCAAAGGGGCACUUUCCUGUCUAUGUCGGAGAGAACAGAAGCAGAUACAUUGUCCCAGUCUCCUUCUUGACUCACCCUGAGUUCCAAUCUCUCUUAAGACGAGCUGAGGAAGAGUUUGGAUUUGACCACGAUAUGGGUAUCACCAUUCCUUGUGAUGAACUUGUCUUCCAGAACCUAACUUCAGUGAUCCGAUGAAAUUUUAAGUAAACCAUUUGAAGAAGAUGGUUGACGAAGCAGAAGCUUUCUUACGAGAAAUAGCAUCUCCUCUCUUUUUAAGUUUUUUCUUCUUCUAUUUUUAAGCCUAUCUAGGGUUUUUACGAGCUGGUUUACUCGUCUAAUAAGAAAGAAACCUGAAUGAGAUAUAGAUUCCAUGGGUUUAAUUGGAUUUGUAAAUUAAAAAGCUUGUAAUGUUUUCCUCGCAGAUCUUGAUUUUGUGAGAGAAGUUGAUUAAUGCAGGAAAAAAUAUUCCUCUAUUUGUUUAACGAUUCCCUAAUUUUUUUUAUUGAUUCUUGUGCAACUUAAUUUGUACUAUU